CUUAUAGUGUUUGUUAAUGUGAAGAAACAAUUAAGAUAUAACACUGUCGACAGAACACAUGGAGGCACUGCUGUCAACACGCUCCACUUCUUUAUAUCUAACGUGAAUCGAUCAGAGUUUUCUUUUUUAUGUUUUUCAUAUGGCUGCUACUGCACAUAACAGCACACGCACAGCUGUCAUUUCUCUUUUUUUUCUUUAUCUGGAGGUCAUGAAGCCUGAACAUCCUUUGUGAGGCACUCUUUUGUGAGCGGUGGUCGUGUCUCUUGUGUGAUCGAGUGCAAUGUACAAGAUGUACCUGGUGGUGGCCACAGAUGGUGCUUGUAAAUGUGAGCUCCAGCGGACUUGUGAAGGUUUGUCGCGGGAGAGACACCUGACGUGGGAGAGAUAUACAUAGGUAUAUACACCGUGCUGUGUCCUAUCGUCUGCGGUCGAGCUUUGGAGACGCUGUUGUCGUCGUGAGCCAGGUGAGUCGUGACUCGAAAUGUUUGAUGGCCGUCUGGACAUUCUUCUAACCGUGACGCCUUGUCAUCUGGAAAAGCAGUUGUUACGUCAACUGUUGAUUCCAUACUUGGCUGCUGGAAGACUGUUAGUGACACCUGAGGAUGAACUGAUGUAAGAGAGUUUGUCUCUUGAACCACCACAGUCUGCCCAUGCGUCAUUUCAGAAUGAGGACAACUUUCCUAGGAUCAUUUUUCUGUCUUCUGUUUGGAUUCCCUUUUGUGAACACUCUUCGCUUACAAGGGACAUGGAGCUCCAAGGAUUUCUUCCUGUUCUUAGCGAAAUUUGGCUUCCAAAAGACAAAUCCUCAGAGAUUAGAAGAAACACAAGGAUUUAUUUAUGGCAGUAUAACAGCUAAGGAUUUAAGCGUACAUCGUGAAGAGUUAACUCUGGUAGUCGUUGACAGUGAAUAUUUUAUGGAUUUUUAUGGGAACAGAACUCGAUCACUCGACAAAGUGUGUCCAAUGGUGUUCAAGAAGAUUGACCAGAUUGCUUUUGAUUACGUGUGUAAUAAAGACGGUGUCGAAGAUUUUUUACGGGCUAUCCCAUGCCCAAGAAAUCAGUUGUGCUCAGAUGAAGAUAAUCCAGCAAAUGUUAUACCAGGCUACCAGUUUACUUACAAAGUGAGAGAUACCCAGCAACCUAGAUUUUGGUACAUAAGCAUUGCAUCAUGCUGGCGAAAUCGUACCAACAAUGUGUGCAAGUGGGUACCACAGGCAAUGAAAGAAGAGAUUUUGAUUGAAUAUGACAUUUGGCUUGUCAAUGGAAAUCCUUCAAGUAGAGGUCUUAAUCCAUUUGAACACCAGUUCUCCUUCGAGUUUCAUGAUGUUUUUGAAAUUCACCUUGUGGCCUUUUUACUGUGUUUGCUUCUAACGUUGUUGUGGUCAUAUGCCUUCUUCAAGCAAAGGCACCUGAUCACCAAACUAUUGACGGUGAUCAUUGGUGGUGAGUUGCUGAGCACAUUGUUGAACUUGAUCCAUGUGACAGUCUUUGCCUUCAAUGGGCAAGGUGUGGGGUGGAUGAGUAAAGUGGGGACUCUUGCAGAUAUUGUGGUGCAGUGUCUGUUCAUGAUGUUCCUCCUUCUGCUGGCAAAAGGAUGGGCCAUCACCACAAAUGAACUGAAGUGGAAGUUUGUUCUCCUUGGGAUCUGUGGUGCCUACACUGUGUUGAACCUGUUUCUUUACAUAUGGAACCUGGUGGAGAUUGAUAACAUCAUUUCCAACACUGAUGAAUGGCAAACAUGGCCUGGAUAUGCCACACUAGCUUUCCGACUGCUGGUGAUGGUGUGGUUUUUUGUGGAAUUGAGGUGGACAUACCACAUGACUAACAACGACGAUCUGAACUUCAUCCAACACUUCGGGGCAUUCUUUCUAGUCUGGUUCAUCUACCUACCAGUUCUUGUGGCAAUUAGUACACAGAUUUCUGCUCUGUGGCGAUACAAGACUGUUCUUAGUAUUAACUAUGCUGUGGACAUUCUGGCCUAUGCUGUAAUCAUCCACCUCUUUUGGCCAUCACGUUCGGUUCUCUUCAUGGUUAAUGGAGAACGUCCUUUACCUGUGUAUGACCUUGAAAUCACAGGACUACUUGAAGAUAUCCAAGAGACAACACUUUUUUUAAGAGAAAAGGGCAAGAAGCCAGAGGAUACAGAAAGUGAAAGUGGAGUCCACAUGAAUGGAGACACUCUCAAAGAUAAAGCUGAAAGCAACAAUAGUACAAGGAACAGUGCAACAGUUUCAAGCAAUGGCGUGCUUAAUACAGGUUACAGAAAUAAGUUUUCCAGUGAUGAUGAUAGCGAUUAGCUGUUUGUCCCUGUUUCCCUCCCCUACCUUGUAAAAUUCUUGUCAGAGCUCACCGUCAUCUUUUUCUUUUAAAAGUAUGAUUGCGAUAAUUUUAGUGAAAAGUAUUAUAAUUUUGCAUUAGUACUAUGCUCAAAGUUAUAGUCUUGUGGAGUGUUCAAAGUCUUCCUGCAAAAGUAAAGAUGAAUGAAGAUACCAAUAACAUUUGUCGUUUCCAAUUUCAUUACAACGUGAUCGUUGGAGAUGUUAUUGAGAAAUGAUCAAAUUGAACAAAAUACCCCCACCGGCUGACCUAUUAUUUUUACAAUGUAAGCAUAACUGGUUAAGGAAUUUUAAUUUUGAUAAUGUGUAAAUACUUUACAUAAAAAGAACUUUAAAGAAAUUUGAUUUUCUUACCAUGAUAGGUGCAAAGUUUGUCAUGGUCACUUUUCAGUUCACUAUUUGAGAUGACUGGGUAGAUUUCUUGUGUGAAUUAGUUCUUGCAGGAUGAUGAUGAUGAUGUCUAUUUGUAAUGCGCAGGUAUCCAUUCAGAAGAAUGCUCAUUGCGCAGCAAAAACAAAAAAUGUAGAUAACAAAAACAAAAAAGAUAAAGUUUCAGGAUUCAUGUGUAUAAUGUUAGCAGUGGUUAUUAGCUUACAGACUGAAAUGAAUACAUGUUGUCUGUGUUAAUGUGAGGGAAGGAGAUCCUAUAUGUUUUAAAUCUUGUUUUAAAAGUGCAUUGAUCAGAAGGAAAAUUUAUCGCCCAGUACUUGAUCUGUCCAGAUUUUUGUUUUACUUUUUAUUUAUUUAUUUUGACAGGAGUUCAUUGAUUACUGCUUGUAUGAUUAUUAUUGUUCACACAGAUGAUUACACUUUAACAUCAAAAUUUAAAGAGCUGCAACAGAAUGUGUUGAAAUGGUGUCCGGUCACUUAAUCCCCAGACACUUCAUCCCCGACACUUCAUCCCCGACACUUCAUCCCCGAGACAUUUAAUCCCCAGACACUUCAUCCCAGACACUUCAUCCCCGACAC